ACUUUUUUGUUAAAGAUAAUCAUAAGGAACUUCAGGCUGAACUAUUACUUUUUCUUGAAAAUAUUGAAGAAUAUAACCUGCUAAUAGAACAUGAAAAUAACCCCUCAAUACAUCAUAAAAAGAUUAUUGACCCUGCUCAAAAUAGUAGUACUUUAGAAUAUAACUUGAACAAAUCGGUUACAAAAAUAGAACAUAAUAAUAAUACCUCAAUAUGGCAUGAAAGCGUUAUUGAUUCUGCUCAAAAUGGUAGUACUUUAGAACAUGACUUGAACAAAUUAGUUAUGAAAAACGAACUAUUUCUUUUAUUCGAAAAUACUGCAGAAUGUUAUCCUUUAGAAGAACAUGAAAAUAACUCAUGA